GACUGUGAUGGUGCGAUCGAGAGGAGGCAGGAGGAGACAGGAGGAGGCAGAAGGUGUACGUGCGCCUCACCUCGUCCUCACUGUGACUUUCAGAACAAAACCGAGACGCACAGAGACGUUUGUUUCACACAAGACCGCGACGUCAUCCCGCAGGUGAGAGAAGCAGAGGGCACGUGACCCACCUCGCGUCACCUCAAACUUUUAGUAAAAACAGACUAAUUUAACGGAUAACGUCUGAUUUUAACGGUGCUGCGGUCACUGAGUGAAAAUGAAAGGAUUUAUGCAACUUUUAAAGAAGAAGAAGGAGUUGAUUCCUUUGAUCGGCUUCAUGGCGUUUGCCGCUGCCGGAGCCACCACUGCCUCCCUCUAUUUCCUCUUCACCAAAACCGACAUCGUCAUCAAUAAAAGCGGUAAUCCUGAGCCCUGGGAACAAGUGGACCCAACCAAGCCACAAAAGCUGCUCACCAUACACCAGCAGUGGAAGCCCAUCGAGGAGCUGCAGGCCCUCAAGAAACUGCAGAAGUGAAGCCUCCUGCUCCACAGCGCCCCCAUCAGUCCAACAGAAUCCUCCAGCCCUGCUCCACUGCGCCCCCAUCAGUCCAACAGAAUCAUCCAGCCCUGCUCCACAGCGCCCCCAUCAGUCCAACAGAAUCCUUUCUGCACAAACUCCGCUUCAGACGCUCAGUGUGCGGAAACGCUUCUGCUGCACUGGUGGGGUUAGUCACUAUGUGUGUCCUGCUCCUCCACCGAAAGACAUCCACCUGUUCAGAUGUGUUUGUUUGUUUGUUUUCUAUUGUUCGGUUUGACGGGUUUGAGUUGAAUGCACUGCAGUAUGAGCUCAGGACUAUAGUUUAAAGAAAGCGUUUUAAGUGUUUUUGUGGGGUUUUUUGUCUGUUUUUUUUAGCGUUCUCCCAUGUUAUAACAUUGUUCACUCAUCAAAAACAUGGCUGAAGUGAUUUUAGAUCUUAUCCGUGCAUGUUUUAUACAUUUAGCGAUCUUUCCCAGGCCCUUUCUCACCGUUAGAUCUAAGAUUCUGUCCAAUUCUUCGCUCACAAGCCUACAUUCUCUGCCUGAAUACUCAAAAACACAAAGCUAAACGUACACUACAACUUCACAAACCUGGCGUGAUGUGCAGUAGUUUCAUUAGCUGGUGCACGCUGGUUGUGUAGUGGUAGCGCUUUGAAGGGGGAGUGACUUAAUGCGGAGAUGAAGGGCAGGGGGAGGGGACUGGGAGCCUGAAAACGAUGCAGCUUUUAAACGUACAUGUGAAUAUUAAUAACGCUUCAGUGUGUCGUGUAUUUAAUGUGAUAUAUAAAUAAAUAAAUUAAUAAAAGUUGAAUGUACAUUUGAAAUAAACAAUUGUGAACUUG